GAUUUUUGUGCAUGUGAAACGUAAUUUUACUUGGGAAAUAUUAAUUCUACUUAAAUAUGAUGUGACGGUGAGAUUCAAAAUGGCUUGCAGUCUCUUCAAUAGUAAAAGGGUCAUGGAGGAAGAAGAAACUAUAAGAUAUUGGUUGUUUCCCCACCUUGAAAAUGGUACUCCUGUUGUAGAUGAGGAAAAGCUUGAGGAGUUGAUUUCUAAGUUUCAAGCUCACAUUGCUCUGUAUACUCAUCAGUAUAUUUGGAAUAAUCAGCCAUUUAUUUUAAGAGUAGGUCAGCGCUCUUCGGGAAGUGAACCUGCAGAUACACUUGACCCUCAUAUUUAUGGUUCAACUGUAGUGGGUGAUUUCUUGGAUGAUGAGUGGUUCAUUGUAUUUCUUCUAAUGACCCUUACUCAGGAUUUUCCUGGCUUAGUAUGCAGAGUCGUCGACAGUGAUGGUGAGUUCCUGAUGAUUGAGGCGGCCAACCACCUUCCAGAAUGGGCGAAUCCUGACACAGCUGAACAAAGGGUGAGUUUGUACUUGCAUAAGGUGGCAUUCACUUUAUAA